CUCGUGCUCGUGCGCCACGGGCAGACGGAGUGGAACGCGUCCGGCCGCUUCAGCGGCUGGGCCGACGUGUCGCUCAACGACCGCGGGCGGCGCGAGGCGAAGGCCAUGGGCGAGCUCCUCGCCGAGCACGACUUCUACCCCGCGGACGCGUACAGCAGCCGCCUCGAACGCGCGCGCGAGACGCUCGACGUCGUCCUGGAGUGCCUCGGCGGCGGGGCGCGGGACCGGCCGGCGCUCGCGCGCCACGCGCCGGCCUGGGAGCUCAACGAGCGCCACUACGGCGCGCUCACGGCGCUGGUCAAGCGGCAGGCCGCGGACCAGUUCGGCGCCGAGCAGGUGAAGAACUGGCGCCGGGGCUUCGCGGUGCGGCCGCCGGAGAUGCACGAGAGCCACCCCUGGCACGAGCUCAUCUACGACGGCGGCACCUACGACGACGUCGACGACGGCGUCGUCCUGCCCACGGGCGAGUCCCUCGAGGACUGCGAGAAGCGGUGCGUCGCGUACGUGUCCGCGCACGUGCUGCCGCGCGUCGCCGCGGGCCGCCACGGCCUCGUCAGCGCCCACAACAACACGAUCCGCUGCCUGCUCCACGCGCUCUGCCGCGAGAGCGAGGAGGUCAUGACGCGCUUCGAGAUGCCCACGGGCGGCGCGAUCGUGCUCAAAAUCGGCGGCGACGGCACGGUCGUC